AUGGCUGCUGAUUCCAACGGCAAGCCCAGAGGCCCCAAGUCCAAACCACCGCCCGCCAUGACCGGUCAAGUCAAUGGCCACAUCGACCACCGCCGACGCUCAGGCCACAGGAAGAAGAGCAAGCAGACGUACAUCGGCUGGGCCGGCGGCAUAGCUUCGCGAUUGUUCGUGUGGUAUGCCCUGGUCACGCUGCUAUUUCGAUGCCCGUCAUCACAAAGAGAUGUCACAGACGCUUCGCCGCGGAUAUGCAAGCCGUACCUACAGGCCAGAGACUACGUGACUCCAUACGCUCAGCCAUACUACGACCAAUAUCUAUCGCCCUACGUCCAGCAAGCCCAGCCAUACGUGGACCGCUUCACCGAUAACGUCUACACUCCAGGCCUCGCCGCCUAUACGCAGUAUGGAGCCCCACGAGUCGCCGACGCUCAAAAGUUCAGCCAGCAGCAGUGGGAGAAGACGCUCAAGCCGCAACUCGAGCUGCUGCAGAAAGAGUCGGGCAAGCAAUAUCAACAACACCUCGGCCCACACGUCAAGAAGGCUCAGGAUAUCGUCCAGCCAUACUACGAUCAAGUCAGGACUUCGGUCGGUGAUAUCUGGGAGCUGGAGCUAGAGCCUGUCUACCGCAGCACAAAGCCAUACGCCGAGAAGCUUUAUCACCAAGGCCAAGACUUUGCCGUCAACACCGCUCUGCCUCAGGCUCAGUUCGCUGGCAGCACUGUAUGGACUUUCUGGACGCGUCAAAUCUGGCCCCGCAUGCGUAUACUGUAUGGAGAGAAUGUUGAGCCACAGCUACUUCGCAUCACCGAGCGUUUGGGUCGGUACAAGGAUGGCAAGAAGCUCGAGGCGGAGAUCAAGAGCAUGGAGAGCUCCUCCAAGCUCGCCGAAGCGUCUGCCGGUGUGGAAUCUGCUGCUUCCUCCAUCUCUUCCACCAUCAAGGAAGCCACCGCCAGCCCAUCGUCCGCCGCCAGUGUUGCCGCCUCCGCCAAGCCCGAAUCCACCCCAGACCCCAAGGUCCAGUUUGCCGAAGACCUCAAGAGCUGGGAGCACAUUUCUGCCAAGGCGGUUGAAGAGGGUACUGAAGACUUGACCGAGCGUAUCAAGGACAUCACCGACCGUCAGCUCAAAAGCGCAGAGAGCGUCGGAGAUGCCCUUGUCAUUCAACUCGAGCAAACUGCCGAAGCGACUGAAAACAGCGUCAAGGCUCGCAUUCUGCAGAUUGUCAAGAACCUGCCAGAAGAUGUCGAUGAUAGUAUCCUCGAAGCUGCAAACGAUGACCUCACCCAGGCCAUUCGCUCUGCCGGUCAGAACGUCAAGCAGCGUGCUCAAGCUGUUCGUGAAUGGCGUCUGACCAACCAAGUCGAGACGGAGGACCUGGUUGAGAAGGCCCUCCAAUCCACCCUCGAGACCAUUGAUGGCAUUCGUGAGCUUCGCCUGACAGAGAUUGGUCGCAAGUACGCUUCCUCGUCUCUCCCACAUAAGGAGUGGGCCAAGUACAACGAUCUCAAGAAGGCUACUCAGGCAUGGAGGGAUGACGUUGCAAAGGCUGCUCACACUCACCCUGGCAUUGCAAGUGCUAAGGCUGCCGGCGAAGAUGUUGAGAACCGCGCCAUGGCCAUUGCCGAGGAUGCCGCCAAAGAGCUUGCCCGCCUGAAGAACGUUGGCAAGUGGAAGAUCGCAGCGGAUGACCACACUGAGGACUUCGCUACCAAGAAUAUUCCAGCUCCGGUCCGCAAGGCCAAAGAUCAGGUGGUCGAGAAGGUCGCCGAAGCAUCUCAGGCUGUGUUUGGUGAAGAGGAGAAGGGCACCGUCGAGAGUGUGUCCAGCCAAGCGGCUGAGAAGGCUUCCAGCUUGUCUGAGCAAGUCGUUGGCUCAUCAACCGGCUCUGUUGAAACUGCCGCAAGCAAGGCCAGCGAGAAGAUCAUCGGAUCUGAGAAGCCUGUUGUCGAGAGCGUUAGCAGCAAGGUCGCCGAAUCUGCGAAGAGUGCCUCAUCUGCUGCCUCUGAGGCCGUUGUUGGAACCGAGUCUGGCAUUUCUGACUCUGCCACCGAUGCUGCUUCAUCCAUCUCAAGCGCCGUCGUUGGUGCCGAAUCAGGUCUUUCCGACAGCGCAACUGAUGCGGCUUCGAAGGCGUCUGCAGCUGCAGAGAGUGUCGUUUCUUCGGCUUCAUCCCGAGUCGCGGACAAGCCGUUGACCAAGAGCCCUGGAUCGAAGUUGUCCAGCAUUUCCUCAGAACAGAAGGAGAACAGCAAGUCUGCCAGCAAGAGUGUGGAAUCUGCAGCUUCUGUGGUCUCCUCCAGCGGAUCCUCCCUCGCCGACAAGGCCACUGGCAAGCCCCCUGUUGCAUCUCAAGUCUCGUCCGGUGCAUCAUCCGUCCUUAGCGAAGCUUCAUCCGGUGCCAAAUCUGCUGCAUCAGCUGUCAGCGAUGCCGUACCAGAUGCAGAAAGCGUUGCAAGUGCUGCCGAGGAAAUUGUCUCCAGUGCUACAGAGUCACCAAAGAAGGUGUUCGCCGGUGCCAAUGCACAGGUCCUUGUUGAGGCGAGGGAACCAAUUCUCGACGACGACAUUGUCGACGGUGCUGAGAGCUUCAGCGAGAGCAUCCAGUCCAUGGCCAGCGUUGCCGGAGACAAAGCAAGCGAGCUCACCAAGGCCGUCCAAGAUGCCAUCAAGGGCGCCACCAAGACACAAGGCACCGUCGAGAGUGUUACGAGCGUGGCUAGCGAGCAAUACGAAAGUGCGAUUGCAGCCGCAAGCAGCGUGCUGUUUGGUAGCCAGAAUGCCGCCGAGAAGGGUAGCAGCGCCGCAAGAGAGCACUAUCUUUCUGCAGUCACCGCUGCUUCCUACGCCAUCUACGGAACUCCAGCAUCUGCAGCUCCCCUCGCUGCCGCCAGCUCUGCCUACGAUCAUGCUGCGAGUGAAGCAGCACGCCAUUACGAACAGGUCAAGUCCCGAAUUUCAGAGCAGAUCUCCGGGACUCCUAAGCCAGUCCACGAACAAAUGUUCGCAUCUGCCGAGUCAGCAUACUCUGCGGCUGUCGGCGCUGCCAGCGAUAACUUGCAAGCAGUCUUGGGUUCGCCAACGCAAAACGCCUACGAGAGCAUUUCUUCCGUUGCUUCCCAGCGUCUCGUUGAAGGUGUGAGCGCUGCCUCUGCCCAGUACGCCAGCGCCAAGAGUGCGCUCGGUGCCACUCCCACUCCCGCCCACCAGCAAUACCUCGCACAGGCACAGAAAGCGUACUAUGAAGCUCUUGGUGUUGCACACGGCAGGUACUCCGAGUUCCUCGAGGCAGCAUCCAGCGUCGUCUCGCCCACGCCAACGGCCACUGGCAUUUCUGCAUCCGCGGAGAGCGUGUUGUCCGACGCUCAUUCUGCCUUCACCGACUACGCCUCCGAGGCUCGCUCCACAUACAGCUUACUUCUGUCAAUGGCCAGCUCGGCUGCGAACGCUCAGGGACAGAAGACCGUGGAUGAGAGCGUUAUGGACAAUCUCCAAGGUCAACUUGCCGACGCGAUGUCUAUUGGAAGUUCUAAGCUCGCUCAAGCUUCUGCCAAUGUGAGCAGUGCAGUCAUUGGGAAGGAGACUCCCGUCACUGAAUCACUCGCAAGCCGAGCCUCUGAGAACUGGGAUGCGCUGAUCUCGAAAGCAAGUGAGCAGGUCUACGGCGCUCCAGUGCCAUUCACCGAGUCGGUUGCGAGCCGUGCGAAUGAGUUUGCCGGCCAGGCCACCGAAGCUGCUGCGUCGCAAUACAGUGCUGUGGCGGCACUCUUCUCUGAGCUUGUGAGCGGAAAGGAGCCAGACUUCACCGAGAGUGUUUACAGCAGGUUCCAAUCUGCUUACAGCACAGGCGCACCAGCGAUAGUCUCGCAAGCAUCAUCGUACGCCAGCGAGGCAUACGUCCAGGCUGCUUCGGUGGUCUCGCCCGCCUUCAUCCCUCCUACGCAGGUUCCAGGCAUCUUGGAGCAGAUGCAAGAGCAGCUCAAUGCGGCCGUUGAUGCCGCCAGUUCGCAAGUCUAUGGCACUACCAAGGGCACUUACGAGCAAGCAACUGAGGCUGCGGCGAGCGUGUACAGCGACGCUGCGUCUCAAGUCAGUGAGGCGGUCUACGGCAAGGAGUCAAACUACGUCGAGGCUGCUCAGAGCAACAUCGUGGACAUUGGUGCAUCGGCGUCGAGUGCUAUCCAAGCUGCUAUCUUUGGCUCACCAACAGGCACCACCGAGGCAGCAAGUAGUGCCGCCCAGAGUGUCUACAGCUCGCUCUCCAGCCAGGCCGCUCAGCAAGCCUCUGCGGCGAGCAGCGCUGUCAGCAGUGCCAUCUUUGGCGAAGAGCAGACCUAUCUCGAAGGCGUUCAGAGCCAGCUUCAAGCUGCGGUGGCAAGCGCGAACAGCCGCAUCUCUGAGUUUGGUGUGCAGGCGAGCCAGGCUGCUACCGCUGCCGCGAGCACUGUGUCGAGUGUUGUCAGCGAGGCAACGCAGCACGUGAGGGAUGAGUUGUAG